GUUAAAUGUAAGUGAAGACAGCUAGAUACACAAAACCACGCGAUGACCCGUGAGGUUAUCUGGGGAAUGUGAGAGGAGCUCGGCGUAACACACUGCAGCUCCGCUCACUCCCCUUACAAGAUUGAAUCAAGUCUGCGAUCAAGGCUGAAGAAGAAGGAGCAGACGCGCAAAUCGUUUCACAUGCACGCGUGCGGUAUCACGAUCAGAUGACACUAACACGUGCUGUCAUAUCUCGCUGGCUCCAGUCCAAAAUUAAUCCAGGAUUACACUUUAACACAGAGGGAGAGAGCGCAAUGGCUAAUAAACGCAGCUGAGGGGAGCUUCGCAAAGUGUCGGAGACUUUGUGGAAAAGGAAAAGCAGCAGACCAUAGAUAUCAAGCUACAACCUGAAAUAAUAACAAUAAAUGAUGAGGUCCAAAGGAGUGUUUGUGCUUGUGCUGCUGGGCGCGUUGACAGCUUAUCACGUUUAUUCACCAAUCCCGAGUGACAUUGAGGAGAGAUGGAAACUAAUGGUCACAGACUCCUUCUUCAAAAGUUUGAGCCAGCUGGCAGAACUCAGCGAGCAGGUGGGACUUCUGGACUACAUGAGAGUCAUGAUGUUCAUCACCAUUGCGGAGCGAGUCGUACCUGUGUCGGAUGACCGGGUGCAGGUAGCCGAGGAGAAUUUCGAUGGGGUCGAGGUGAUUGUGUAUCAACCCAAUCAGCUGGAACAAACAGGAGAGCUAAGAAGAGCCAUCAUUUACUUGCAUGGAGGCGGAUGGUGUCUCGGCAGCUCUCGUAUGGGCCCAUAUGAUCUCCUAGCCAGGCACAUGGUUAAAGAGCUCAAUGCUGUAAUUGUAGCUGUAGAGUAUCGUCUUGCCCCAGCUUAUCAUUUUCCUGUGCAGUUUGAGGAUGUUCACCGUGUGGUGAAGUAUUUCCUCCGGAAUGAUGUUCUGAAGAGAUACAAUAUCAACCCAGAGCGGAUUGCUGUGUCUGGAGACAGUGCUGGAGGCAACCUUGCAGCUGCAGUAGCUCAGCAGUUGCGGAAGGACCCCGAACAGCACAUCCAGCUAAAGGCCCAGGCUCUAAUCUACCCCGUCCUGCAAGCCUUGGAUCUGAAGACUCCCUCCUACCAGCAGAACCAGCACAUGCCAAUACUGCCCCGCACGCUGAUGGUCCGCUUCUGGAGCGAGUACUUCACCAGCGACAAGUCCUUUUUGAGAGCCAUGAUGGCAAACACACACAACAACCACGAGUCUGCAGCUCUGCUUAAGUUUGUCAAUUGGAGUUCAUACUUGCCUGAUUCCUAUCGCCAGACAUACAAUUACAGCGCUCCACCUGUCCUCACUGGAAAAGGUCCUGUACGCUCUAUCGGUGCGCACCACUUGCUUGCAGAUCCACGUGCGUCUCCAUUGCUGGUGCCUGAUACAGCGCUGCGCUUCCUGCCUAAAGCGUACGUGUUGACCUGCGAGUAUGACGUCCUGCGGGACGAUGGUUUGAUGUACGUCACACGUUUGCGCAAUGCUGGAGUGGACGUCACGCAUGAACAUUACCCCAGUGGAUUCCACGGUGCAUUGAUGUUCACCGUGUGGCCCACAGACUUUGAGAUCGGACACCGCAUGACGAACAACUAUAUAACAUGGCUUAAACAAAAUCUAUAAAACGAAUGUGGACGGUUUUUAUGCAUCACUUUUGGGUUGACUGGUUCAUGCAGAGAUUUUUUUAUUUAUUUAGUACAUCUUCUACCUGUUGUUUACAGUGCACCACUUUUUAAUCUUAAAAAGGGCACACUUUUGAUUGUGAUAAUCUGUUGUGCUACAAGCAUUCCCAAUUUGACCGCAUCAGGGGCCUCAUGUAUCAACGCUGCGUACGCACAAAAACUUUGCCAGGUUUCACACUCACGUUUGGAAAUCAGGGCUGGCUCGUGGCAUAGGCAGUAUAGGCAAAUGCUAAGGGCGCUGUACAUCCAGGGGGCGCCAGAAAUGAGCGGGGUUAAGUUGGUUUUGUUUUCGAUAUUCCUGACACAUUCAGUGAUAGAUGGCAAUAA